AUGGAAGGGAGGAACAUGAUUACAUGGACUGCUAUGCUGGUAGGAUUGGCAGAAAAUGGGCAUGCAGAAGAAGCCUUGAAACGAUUCUGUCAGAUGCGAGAAAAGGGAAUUGCUGCAAAUUCGGUAACUCUUGUUAGUUUAGUCCAUUCUUGUUCCCGUUUAGGCUCUCUGAAGAAAGUAAGGAGUGUUCAUGGUAAUUUAAUUCAGCAUGUCCAUGCAUUUGGUGUAGUUAACAUGACAGCCUUGAUUGAUGUGUAUGCGAAGUGUGGAAAAAUAAAGUAUUCUGAGAGGAUAUUUGAAAAUUGUUCCAUUUGUAGAGAUGUUAUCCUAUGGAACUCUAUGAUAACAAGCUAUGGUAUUCAUGGUUAUGGACUGCUAGCUCUUGGCGUUUAUAGAAGAAUGAAGGAUGAGGGAUUUAAGCCAAAUGAAACUUCCUUUCUCUCUCUUCUAAUUGCUUGUAGUCACUCAGGAAUUGUCGAAGAGGGGAUCAAAUUAUUCCAUAGCUUGGAGAGAGACCCUGACAUUGUGCUGACCGAAAAACACUACGCUGGUUAUGUGGAUCUUUUAAGCCGAGCAGGCUGA